AGGAGGGGGGAAAGGGUGGAGGCAGAGGUUCCCAGUGAGUGGAAGGCGGUAGGGCACGCAGAGCGACCGGAGCUGGCUGCCUGUCCAGUUCGCUUUGUAUCCGGCCUCGGGCCGGUGGGAGGGUUCGGAACCACGUCAGCGCGACCUGCGAGUAGGGGUCGGACUGCCUAGACCCUGAGGUCGGCAAGCCCCCGACCUAGGCCCGGCGGAGAUGUCCAGCUGCGGCGCUUGUACCUGCGGCGCGGCUGCCGCCCGGCUCAUCACCAUCUCGUUCGCCUCAGUGCCGAGAGGUGUUUCUUGUGGUCGUGUUCAUAUACCAAUUUUAGGAAGGCUUGGGACCUUUGAAACUCAGAUUCUGCGCAGAGUUCCUCUUAGAACCUUUUCAGGCACACCAGCAUACUUUGCCUCAAAGGAUGGGACAAAUAAAGACAGCUCUGGAGAUGGAAAUAAGAAAUCAGUGAGCGAGGGGAGCAGUAAGAAAUCAGGCUCUGGGAACUCUGGAAAAGGUGGAAACCAGCUCCGCUGUCCUAAAUGUGGUGACCUGUGCACACACGUGGAGACCUUUGUGUCAUCUACCCGUUUUGUCAAGUGUGAAAAAUGCCAUCACUUUUUUGUUGUGCUAUCUGAAGCUGACUCAAAGAAAAGCAUAGUCAAGGAGCCUGAAUCAGCAGCAGAAGCUAUAAAGUUGGCAUUCCAGCAAAAACCACCUCCUCCUCCCAAAAAGAUUUAUAACUACCUCGACAAGUAUGUGGUUGGCCAGUCAUUUGCUAAGAAGGUGCUUUCAGUCGCUGUGUAUAACCAUUAUAAGAGAAUAUAUAAUAAUAUCCCAGCUAACCUGAGGCAGCAAGCAGAAGUUGAGAAGCAGACAUCUUUGACACCUAGAGAGUUAGAAAUAAGAAGACGGGAGGAUGAGUACAGAUUCACAAAACUACUUCAGAUUGCUGGAAUCAGCCCACAUGGCAAUGCUUUAGGAGCAUCAGUGCAGCAACAGGUGAACCAGCAAAUACCUCAGGAAAAGCGAGGAGGUGAAGUAUUGGAUUCUUCCCAUGAUGACAUAAAACUUGAAAAGAGUAAUAUUUUGCUGCUUGGACCAACUGGGUCAGGUAAAACCCUGCUGGCACAAACUUUAGCCAAAUGCCUUGAUGUCCCUUUUGCUAUCUGUGACUGUACAACUCUGACUCAGGCUGGAUAUGUAGGUGAAGAUAUUGAAUCUGUGAUUGCCAAACUGCUCCAAGAUGCCAAUUACAAUGUAGAAAAAGCACAGCAAGGAAUUGUCUUUCUGGAUGAAGUAGAUAAGAUUGGCAGUGUGCCAGGCAUCCAUCAGUUACGCGAUGUGGGUGGAGAAGGCGUUCAGCAAGGCUUACUAAAACUUCUAGAAGGCACAAUAGUCAAUGUUCCAGAGAAGAAUUCCCGAAAACUGCGUGGAGAAACAGUUCAAGUUGACACAACAAACGUCCUAUUUGUGGCAUCCGGUGCUUUCAAUGGUUUAGACAGAAUCAUCAGCAGGAGAAAAAAUGAAAAGUAUCUGGGGUUUGGAACACCAUCCAACCUGGGAAAAGGCAGAAGGGCUGCAGCUGCUGCAGACCUUGCUAACAGAAGUGGGGAGUCAAACACUCACCAAGACAUUGAAGAAAAAGAUCGAUUACUACGUCAUGUGGAAGCCAGAGAUCUUAUUGAGUUUGGCAUGAUUCCUGAGUUUGUGGGACGGUUGCCUGUGGUGGUUCCUUUGCAUAGCCUGAGUGAGAAAACACUUGUACAAAUACUAACUGAGCCCCGGAAUGCUGUAAUUCCUCAAUACCAGGCUUUAUUCAGCAUGGAUAAGUGUGAAUUGAAUGUUACUGAGGAUGCUUUAAAAGCCAUAGCUAGAUUGGCGCUGGAACGGAAAACAGGUGCCCGAGGCCUUCGGUCCAUUAUGGAAAAGCUGUUAUUGGAACCGAUGUUCGAAGUCCCUAACUCUGAUAUUAUAUGUGUGGAGGUUGACAAAGAAGUAGUAGAAGGAAAAAAAGAACCAGGAUACAUUCGGGCUCCAGCAAAAGAAUCCUCUGAAGAGGAAUAUGACUCUGGGGUGGAGGAAGAAGGGUGGCCUCGCCAAGCAGACGCUGCAAACAGCUAAGCACUCCGAUGCCUGUCUUGUAUAUAAAGUUCCUCCCGCUCUUGUUUAGGAUCAUAACUGCUUCUACAGUCUGACAUUAAAGGCAUUGAGUCGAUCUGGAAUAUCUGUACAUGGUCAGAAGCCGUUAGGAUAUGAAUCAGAUCAUGUAUACUGUUGUAACAUCACACUGAUUUAUACAGAGGACAUUAUGUGGACUUUAAUGACAUGAUGUUUAGAGAUAAAAUGUACAUUAUUUUGGUUCCGUUUUUUAAAAAAUAUGCUUUAACAAAAUUCUUAGGAGUUCUUAUAAGCAACGCAAGUGUUAUAAUAACUGGAUUUUACAAUAACGUUACUCUACAAAUGGGAAAAUAAAGUCUUUUCAAUUGAACAUUGGGAUACCAUUCUUUUUGGCAGGGGCAGGGUUUCACUAUGCAGAGUAUACUGGCCUUGAGCUCACUAUAGCGUAGGUUGGCCUCAAACUGAAGUUGUUGCCUAGGCUCUUGAGUGCUGGGAUUGUAGGUGUGCACCACCACACCUGGCCUAGCAUGCCAUUCUGUACCUAUUUUCUACCCACAUUCAUUUCCCUAAAGUAUUAGACUUUUAUUUAUCUUAAAAAUUGGACCACGUUGUUUCCAAAUAGUUUAAAAUGUCAUGGGAAAGUUCCAUAAAGUUCUUUUGAAGAUUUUUGGCACUUUGUAAAAGUACAGAGCUUGGUUUUUUGUUUUGUUGUUCAGUGCUAGACAUCUAAUUCUUUGACUUUAUAGAACAAAGAAAAUCUGCUGCUCUCAGCCAAAGGGAAUAUGCUCCCACUCACUUAUAACUUACUAAUCCUUGUUAUAUAGCAAUAUUAAAGAUUGGGGGAUUGACUUAUCAAGUGAACAUCCUAUCAUUUGAUUCCAUAAAUAUUAAACUAUUUGGGUAUUUUAAGCAUUUUUGCCUUUCGUUCCAUAAUAAUACAAAUUUCUGUAUUGUUCAUUUCAGACUCAUUUGAAAUUUUUUUUUUUGUCUUUUUUGUUUUUAUCGGUACUGGGGAUCGAACUCAUGACUGCCUGCUUGCAAGGCAGGUGCUUAUGCCGCUGAGCUAAAUCCCCAGCCCCAGACUCAUUUGAAAUUUUUAAAGUCAGAGUAUCUUUAAGUAUGUUUCCAGUUUUUCAGCUUCUAGAGUCUUGAUUUGUUUUACCCAGUUUUUCUUGGGAAGCAAAUCUUAAACUAUUAACAAAUUCUAAAUCCUGUUAGAAGUUGGACUAUGCUAGUUAUAAUGAAUGAGAUGAAAAUUACCUAUUUAUAGCUGGAGUAGAACCACAAUUGCAUUUUUAAUCUUGGAACAGAUACAGACUUUAUGGUCCCUAGUAAUGGCUCAUGUUGUCCUCUUGAAGCCUUUUCAUGUUACAACUUUAUUCAUUAUCUUUCUCUGACAGCAUCAUUUUCCUUUUUGUAGAGUGAAAAUUGGAGUACUUUUAGUAUACUAAAGGAAAAAUUCCAGAGACAGACUGCAAGACAUUUUAGUCACGGCAACUUACGUUGGUUUUGGAAGUUGUUAACAAAGCAUAAUUAAUGUUUCUAAAUCAAAUACAACUGAGUAUAAGUACCAUUUGUAUCUUGGAACUUAAGUGUUGCCAUUUGAAUAAAACAGAAGGACUAAGUGAAA